UAACUGGAGACGCUGUUACAUAGUCUUCUACAUCAUGCUUCUGAUACUAAAGUUUAUGUAGUUAACGUAAGUAAUCAAUCCAUCAUUAUAUCCAUUUUCGAUAAUGAAACAUACGGAUGUGAUAUAAACACAAGUAAAGCGGUACUGACGAUGUUAUAGUCGGUUAUGAAAGCCCCGCAGCAGCCGCUUGUGUAACCUCUCAACUCAUUCGUUUUGUAACGCGGCUCGCGGAUGCAUUGUAUCUGUCAGUUUAUGUUUCAUUUCUAUACUUACUGCGUUGAAAAGUGACGGAUUUCCUCCAAGAAAAUGUCUAAGCAGAGAUAUGAAGUCCGUGUCUCAGGUCCGUGAACUGCUGAGAGAGCUGGAGUCGGGUCGUGAGGAUCCGGAUGGGUUUUUCUGUCUGUGUUUAUCUCUGCUGGGGGACACAGACACCCGAACACACUUUCUGGACGUGAUCAAACCCCUUUUAUCCGGACAUGAACAUAUACACAGUCAGCUGACUGCAAUCUUUCUGGAGUACUUCUCGAAGGAUGAAGCAGAUGAAUUAGAGUUGGCCUUAACACAGUCUCUUUAUGAAACCAAACUUACCAAACCAGAUCAUCAGCCUUACAAAAGCUAUGCCGACUUGACUACAGUAACUUCAGGUGUUGAUCAGUCAAACGUCAAUGAUGGAGCUGUAGUAGCAGAGAACCAGGCUGUUGCAAAAUGGACACUAAAUACUGAAGUACAUAACACCACACGUGCCAUUAAAAACACAAAUAAAGACAAUGACGAUCUCAAGGUCACAAAGUCAACAAGGUCACAAAGGCGUCGUCCGCGAAAGAAGCCGCAUUUGUUGAAGAACCCAUCGGGACCACGACCUGUUCUGCUCUGGUUCAGAAGGGACCUCCGCAUGUGGGAUAACCCUGCUCUUAUUGGCUGCCUGGAGCUUGGUGCACCUGUCAUUCCUGUCUUCCUGUGGAAUGCGGUGGAGGAGGAGGGUCCAGGGGUUACCGUGGCAACCGGUGGGGCGUCUAAAUACUGGCUGCAUCAGGCACUAGUGAGUCUGAACCGCUCUCUGGAGCAGCGUAGAAGCCACUUGGUGACGCUGAAGGCAGAGGCCUCAUCUUUGACAGCUCUGCAAGGGUUAAUCGCUGAGACGGGGGCAGCGUCGGUUGUGGCAACAGCCCUGUAUGAGCCGUGGCUGAAGGAAAGAGAUGACAACGUGUGGGAGAAACUAGAGAAAUAAGGUGUUAAGUGCCAUAUCUACCACUCCUACUGCCUUAGAGAGCCCUACACAGUCAGCACACGGGGCGUUGGACUACGAGGUAUCGGCUCUGUCUCUCACUUCAUGAGUUGUUGCCAGCAGAAUCCUGGCAGUGGACUGACCUCUCCGCUGGAUGCCCCCGCUGCCCUGCCUGCUCCCUCAGCAUGGCCACAGGGAUGCCCACUUGUUGAUCUGGGACUGGCACGCAUGCCACGCAGGAAAGAUGGCACAGAGAUUGAUUGGGCUGUGAACAUUCGGAAAUCAUGGGACUUCAGUGAGGAAGGAGCUCAGGCUCAUCUUGAGGCCUUCCUGCGAGAUGGUGUGUACCGUUAUGAGAAGGAGUCAAGUCGUGCGGAUGAGCCCAACACCAGCUCUCUAUCUCCAUAUCUGCACUUUGGGCAGCUGAGUGCAAGCAGCCUAUUACGGGAUGCCCGUGGAGCUCGCUGCAGAUCUCCCAAAUUCCAUCGCAAACUGGCCUGGAGGGACCUGGCGUACUGGCAGCUGUGCCUUUUCCCAGACCUGCCCUGGGAGUCCCUCAGACCACCGUACAAGGCUUUGCGCUGGAGUUCAGACCGUGUCCAUCUGAAGGCAUGGCAGCGUGGAUACACAGGAUACCCACUGGUAGAUGCAGCAAUGAGACAGCUGUGGCAAACUGGCUGGAUGAACAACUACAUGAGACACGUGGUUGCCUCCUUCCUCAUCGCUUAUCUGCAUAUUGCCUGGCAGGAAGGAUACCGCUGGUUUCAGGACACGCUGGUAGACGCUGAUGUUGCCAUAGAUGCCAUGAUGUGGCAGAAUGGAGGAAUGUGUGGAUUGGAUCACUGGAACUUCGUCAUGCACCCUGUUGAUGCAGCACUGACCUGUGACCCCUAUGGCACCUAUGUGCGGCAGUGGUGUCCUGAACUGAAGGCACUUCCUAAUGACCUUAUCCAUAAGCCCUGGAAAUGCCCAGCGUCAAUGCUGCGUAGAGCAGGUGUGGUUUUAGGUGGCAACUACCCAGAGCGGAUUGUUGUUGACCUUGAGGAGCAACGUGCACAGUCUCUACAGGAUGUUGCGUCGGUGAGAAGGCGCUUUAGGGAGUUUGUUGACCAGCGAUCAGGCUGUGACCUGGUACCUGUUCCUGCAAGGCUGGUGCAGGAAGCUCUGGGCAGUAUGGAGGAUGUUGUGAGUCGUGAAGGAACCGGGUUUCUCCUCCCAGUCAUCACCCGCAUGGAGUUUAAACACCAGUCAGAGGAUCCAGACAGGCAAGAUAACCCGUACAGCGCUGUGCUGAAGGGCUACGUCAGCCGCAAACGGGACGAAACCAUUGCCUUCCUAAAUGAGAGAGACUUCACAGCCAGCAUGAUGUGUGAGAACGCACAGCGUAGAGAGAGGUUAGAGAGGGACUGGUGUCUUCUGGAGGGUCUGCCUCAACCCAUAGUCUCACACGGCAGGGCCAGACGUACCCCAACCAGAGACCCUUACAGCAAAGUGCCUGGAGGUGUCGCUGUUCCCCACAGAUAACAGACUGACAUGUUAGGGCUGGAAUGCACUACACAACUUUAAGCCGACACCAGUCAACCAGUCUGCAGAUUUUCAGAGUUGAUUUCACACAUAUUCAUGUAGUGUAUUAUGAGCAGACUCAGAUUUUUUUAGCUUCAGACUUUGAUUACAUCUAGUCUGAAGAUAUCAAACAUGUUUGAUAUUGACUUUUUAAAACUUUAGUAAAUAAAUACAAAUGGCCUAUUUAGAUGGACUAUUAUUAUAGCUCAUGUGUUUAUAUAGUGAAUCAUUACUUCUCUAAGUUAUCAGACUUAAGGUUUUUACCUGGUAGAUAUGACGAUGGAAACAUUUUUUUCUUUUAUUACAUCUAGAGAUCAGAAAAACAGACUUUUGACAUAAUUUUGACUUGUAAGCAACUAUAUUAGGAAGCAAGUAUGGUCCGUUUUGAUUUCAUGUUGGCUAUAUAAAUGCAGCAUGAGCAAUUUUCUUAUCCUGUACAAACACAUCCAUCAUGGUAUUGAAAACUGUUUGAUAAAAUUUAACAUAUUUAUGACUUAAGAUUUGUUUUCUUUAUAGGCGUUUUAUAAAACAAUACUACUUAAAAUAAUUCAUUUGCAGACAUUGGGCUCUUUAUUUUGUAAAUUAGAUCUCUGUCAGAGGCACAUUUGGCAUCAAAAGCAAGAUUUCUAAUGCAAUAAAACCAUUUAAAACCGAUAAGUGUUUAGAUGUUUAAUGUUGUUAAUCACUAACUCAGUUAUGAGUUCUUUAAAACCAAGACCGAUUUCACCAGGUUUCAUAGCUGUCCUCAGAAUGGACAUUUGGUGUUAUUCCCCCUUCCACAUUUUAUUUGUAGCUUAUUCCAAGCAAUGACAAGCUUUUACAGGAACAGUGUAACAUCUACAAAAGAGAUGAAACUGUUACAUAGUCUGUGUCUCUGUGGCUACAUACAGUAACUGGCUCAAUCCAAUCAGGUUUGCUUGUUGCUUUCCAAGCGAAGUGCAUAUUGUUGUGUCCAUGUGGUCCCCUUCUGUGGCUGGG